UUGUAUAAUAUUAUUAUUUAGAUGGAUUCUUGCAAUAAUAAUUUCCAUAAUCAUAUUGCACUUCCACAAUUAACUAUUCCAACCAAACAUGAUGCCUAUGACUUUCCCUCUAAAGGAAGCUAGGCCAUGGUUUCCCAUCUGUGGCUCCUCCCAUGGAGGUGUCAGCACAGCUCCAGUAUAAAACAAAUAAUGAAUAUUUUCUGGGGUGUGAAAACUCAAACCAAUGCCAUCCGAUGGUUCACUCUGACAGUACGUGCAGCUGCAUGGAUACUAGCGUCAAUUCUUGGCCUGUCUAACUCUCCUCUGAUUGGCUGAAGCCAUGCAACAAGAGCGCCCACGCUAUGUGAUCAACAGGCCAGCCUACUCCCUCCCAGACUUUGAUGGGGAGUUUGACAAGAAGAAACGGGCCUUCCCCAUAGGAGAGAAAGUGAAGAAAUGCUUCAGGUGCUCUGGGUCUCGACUCAAGUCCCUGCUGUUCAGACACCUGCCUAUCCUGAGCUGGCUGCCCAAGUACAAGGUGAAGGAGAACCUGCUGUGUGAUGUCAUUAGCGGGGUCAGCGCAGGCACCAUUCAGGUUCCUCAGGGCAUGGCGUUUGCUCUGCUGGCUAACCUGCCGCCUGUCAAUGGCCUCUACUCCUCCUUCUUUCCUCUCAUCCCCUACUUCUUCAUGGGCACUGCUCACCAAAUGGUCCCAGGUACUUUUGCUGUGCUCAGUAUCAUGGUGGGAAUGGUGUGUCUGAGUCUGGCCCCUGAGUCUGACUUCAGCCACUUCAAUGCCACCCUCAAUGCUACACUAGUGGAUGAGGACAGGAUGAACGAGGUUCGACUGGGCAUCUCUGGAACACUGGCCUGUCUCACUGCCAUCAUCCAGAUGGGCCUGGGCCUAAUGCAGUUUGGCUUCGUGGCCAUCUACUUGUCUGAGUCGUUCGUCAGGGGCUUCAUGACGGCUGCAGGACUGCAGAUCCUCAUCUCUGUACUGAAGUACAUCUUUGGUAUUAAAGUACCUCCCUACAGUGGACCACUUGCCACCAUAUAUACUCUAAAAGAUAUUUUUUAUGGCCUGCCUGACACCAACAUAGCCUCGCUGGUCUUUGCUCUGGUCAGUAGUGUGGUACUCAUAACAGUGAAGGAGCUGAGUGCACACUACCGUCACAAACUGCCUUUCCCCAUCCCCAUGGAGAUCAUUGUUGUGGUAGUGGCCACAGCCAUAUCAGGUCCCCUGGACCUGCCUGAGAAGUAUCACAUGGACAUAGUGGGAGAAAUUCCCCUAGGAUUUCCUGCUCCGAUCCUCCCAACAGUGAUUCAGUGGGAUGACAUGCUGAGCACAGCCUUCUCCCUGGCUAUCGUGGGCUAUGUGAUCAACCUGGCUAUGGGCAGGACACUGGCAGCAAAGCAUGGCUACGAUGUGGAUCCCAAUCAGGAGAUGUUGGCUCUGGGCUGCAGUAACUUCUUGGGGUCUUUCUUCAAGAUCCAUGUGAUCUGCUGUGCUCUGUCUGUCACCUUGGCGGUAGACAAUGCUGGGGGAACAUCACAGUUUGCCAGUCUGUGUGUGAUGCUGGUGGUCAUGGUCACCAUGUUGGCCUUGGGGGCUUUCCUCAACCCACUACCAAAGUCUGUGCUGGGAGCCCUGAUAGCUAUCAACCUGAAGAACACUCUGCUGCAACUCUCUGACCCAUAUUACAUCUGGAAGAAGAGCAAACUGGACUGUUGUGUGUGGGUUGUGUCAUUUUUAGCCACCUUCUUCCUGAGUUUGCCUUAUGGAGUUGCCAUUGGAGUCAGCUUCUCCGUCCUCGUGGUUAUUUUCCAGACCCAGUUUCGAAAUGGUUCAGAGAUGGCUCAGAUCAUGGACACAGAUCUCUACAAAAAUCCCAAGAUUUACAGCAAGGUGAAAUGUGUAGAGGGGGUGAAAAUAGUGAACUACUGCUCCCCUCUCUAUUUUGCCAAUGCAGAGAUAUUCAGACAAAAAGUCAUCAAAAAGACUGGAUUGGACCCAAGUAAACUUCUCUUAGCCAGGAAGAAGUUUCUGAAGAAGCAGCAGAAGGAGUUAGAAGGGCAAAACAAGAAGACCAAGAAGAAGACGCCCUGCUCUUUGGUAACCAUGAAGUCUCAGACCAUAUCACAGAUAGAGCUUCAGAAUGACUUUGACAUUGGCGACAGCAAUCCUUACCCGCCACCAUCACCCACCAGCUAUGUCAACUUCCACUGUAGUGACAUUGAGCUGGGGGAGCAGCCUCCUGACCCAGACCAACCAAGUUCCUCCCCAGUUACCCUGGACUCUCAACCCAGGCCCUUCCACACCCUCAUCCUGGACCUGGCAGGGGUCUGCUUCAUAGACCUCAUGGGAAUCAAAGUACUCAUCAAGAUGAACUCAAGUUAUGAGAUGCUGGGGAUCAAGCUUUACUUGGCCAAUGUUCAAGCACAGGUGUAUGAGGAGCUGGAGGGGGGAGGGGUGUUUGAGGAGGGCAAUAUCGCCCAAGGUCACCUCUUCCUCUCUGUCCAUGACGCCAUCCUCUGUGCCCAACAGAGGUCAAGAAACACCGAAAACUCAGAAAAGACAGAGAAAGAGAGGAAGGAGCUGGUCCUCAAUAUUCAGGAGGAUGAGGAGAGGGAUCUGGAGCAGGAACUGUUUUGAACAUGGGAUUUUUACUACUGAAUGUAUGGAGAAUGUAUGAAAUGAAUGAAGAUCGAGGAAAAUGUUCAUUUAGGUUGAUAAUAAACAAAACAAAAAAGUGUU